AUUGAAAAUCACGCAUCAAUCUUAUAAUGACGUGACAAUACUAAUGCAAGUACAAACAUUUUUAGAUUUGACGUUUUCGUUAUCAAGCUUCGACUAAUAAAUUUUUUACAUUUUUCUGAUUAAGAUAAGGCCAAACACAACGUGUUGAAGAAUUGGCUGAAAUUCAUUUAUGCUAUGGGGAAGCAAAAAGAAAUACCGUUUGCACCCGCCAAAUGUAUGCAGAGCGCUUCCCCAACAAACGUCUGCCAGAUCGAAAAACGUUUUUACGAGUGCACCAAAGAUUAUGAACGACUGGCAUGACGAAACCCACACGAAGCAGAGGACGAUUACAACAAAAUCUGGAUUUAGAAGAAAGGGUAAUGCGCCGUAUUGUUGACGACCCGACCACUAGUACACGACGGAUUGCAGCCGAAGAGGGUGUCAGCAAGAGCAUCGUAUGGCAAAUUUUGAAGGAUAACGAGCUGCACCCAUACCACUAUCAACGAGUGCAGGCAUUAGAAGAGGGUGACCAUGAAAGAAGAAGAAACUUUUGUUCGUGGAUGGAAGAGAAAAUACGGACUGAUGAAUCCUUCCUUUCACGAAUAUUAUUUACAGAUGAUGCGAGCUUCAACAGACAUAAAAUAUUUAAUUUCCACAAUAGCUAUGUCUGGAAUGAGGAGAAUCCGCACGCGACGUUAGCGAUUAAUACGCAACGUCAAUUUUCAUUAAAUAUUUGGGCAGGCAUUUUGGGUAAUGACCUGAUUGGUCCUAUUGUUCUGCCCAACAGAUGGACAGGACAGGUGAAGGAUACCUGGACUUUUUAA